UGGCGGUUUCCGCACGUGUUUCUUCCUUCGGGGUUCCUGAUCUGCCCCUUUCCCGGGUCCUCUGGACCCGCUUCCGAUCCAAGGAUGAAGGCGAGAAGAAAUAAAAAACAGGUCCCAAGCUUCCGGAAAUUGAUAAAGACAAGUAAAGUCAAACUUGAAAACAAGCUAAAAAACAAGCAGUUUAAACAACAAAGUACUCUCAAGAAGUACCGUAAAGAACAGAGGAAAUUAAGGCAAGCUGUAAAAGAUGCUGUAUCUAAAAGACCCAUUCCAUUGGAGGACCCAAAGGAAAAACGACCAGGCAAAAGGAUCCAGUGGGAAGAGGAGGAAGAAGAGGAAGCCCUUCCUUUAGACAUGAUGGAUGAAGAUGACUUACAGUUAAUGAAGGAUUUAGGACAAAGAGCAUCAUUUCUAACAAGAGAUCUUUCUUCUAGUGAGCCUGUUCAUGCCAAGAAACGAAAGCAUGAGAGUGUUAUAGAUAAAUAUGAAAAAAUACCAAGAACUCUUCAAACUGCACCAGAGAAGGAACUGAUUCACUUACUUCCUAUCAAAGACAAAAGUGGAAUAAUCCCACAGACUAGGGAGAAGCCAGUUAUUGAAAAUCAAGAUGAAGAGGACAAAGAAGAGAUGGAACUUGAAGAAGAGAUCAUUGAAGAACCCAUUAGAGAACUGACACUAGAGGAGCACUUAAUUGAAAGGAAGAAAAAACUGCAGGAAAAGAAAAUGCAUAUUGCAGCCUUAGCAUCUGCAAUAUUAUCAGAUCCAGAAAAUAAUAUUAAAAAAUUGAAAGAAAUACGUUCCAUGCUCAUGGAACAGGAUCCGGAUGUGGCUGUUACUAUUCGAAAGCUGGCAGUAGUUUCUCUAAUGGAGUUAUUUAAAGACAUUACUCCUUCAUAUAAGAUACGACCCCUAACAGAAGCAGAAAAAUCUAUUAAGAUCCGCAAAGAGACUCAAAGGCUAAGAGAAUUUGAAGAAGGCUUAGUUAGCCAAUACAAGUUUUAUUUGGAGAACCUGGAACAAAUGGUUAAAGACUGGAAGCAAAGAAAACUGAAGAAAAGUAAUGUGGUUUCCUUAAAGGCAUACAAAGGAUUGGCAGAGGUGGCUGUGAAGAGUCUGUGUGAACUGUUGGUGGCGUUACCUCAUUUCAACUUUCACAACAACAUCAUUGUAUUGAUUGUCCCUCUCAUGAAUGAUGUGUCAAAAUCGAUAUCUGAAAUGUGUUGUGAGGCAGUCAAGAAGCUCUUUAAACAAGAUAAAUUAGGCCAAGCUUCCCUCGGUGUAAUCAAAGUGAUAUCUGGAUUUGUGAAAGGCAGAAAUUAUGAUGUUAGACCAGAGAUGUUAAAAACAUUCUUGUGUCUAAGAAUCAAGGAAAUUGAAGUGAAAAAAGAUACCGAAGACAUUAAUAAACCAAAAAAAUUCAUGACUUUUAAGGAAAAGAGAAAAACUCUAUCAAGAAUGCAGAGAAAGUGGAAGAAAGCAGAAGAGAAACUGGAACGAGAACUUCGGGAGGCAGAAGCUUCAGAGAGUACAGAGAAAAAACUUAAACUGCACACAGAGACUUUGAACAUUGUGUUUGUAACGUACUUCAGAAUACUGAAGAAGGCCCAGCGGUCACCUCUCCUGCCAGCAGUACUAGAAGGUCUUGCCAAGUUUGCUCAUCUUAUCAAUGUGGAGUUCUUUGAUGAUUUAUUAAUAGUUCUGCAUUCUCUCAUUGAGUCUGGUAACCUAAGCUAUCAAGAAAGUUUUCACUGUGUCCAGACUGCUUUUCAUAUACUUUCUGGGCAAGGUGAUGUUCUGAAUAUCGAUCCAAUGAAAUUCUAUACACAUCUUUAUAAAACACUGUUCAAGCUACACGCAGGUGCUACCAACGAAGGUGUUGAGAUUGUGCUCCAGUGCCUUGAUGUCAUGCUAACCAAGCGCCGAAAGCAGGUUUCUUUGCAGCGAGCUCUUGCCUUCAUCAAGCGCCUCUGUACGCUUGCUCUUCAUGUUCUUCCAAACUCAAGCAUUGGCAUUUUAGCAACCAACAGGAUAUUGAUGCAUACUUUUCCGAAAACAGAUCUUUUGCUUGACAAUGAGUCACAUGGAAGUGGGGUUUUCCUCCCUGAACUGGACGAACCUGAGUAUUGUAAUGCUCAGAAUUCUGCUCUGUGGGAAUUGCAUGCACUAAGGAGACAUUACCAUCCUGUGGUGCAGAGAUUCGCCGCUCACCUCAUCGCUGGAGCUCCAUCUGAGGGCUCUGAAGCACUCAAGCCAGAGCUGAGUCGAAGAUCAGCUGUAGAACUUUUUGAGACUUACAGUAUGGCAGCAAUGACAUUCAAUCCUCCUGUUGAAUCUUCAAACACCAAAAGGAAGGAUAAAGCUUUACCAGGGGAUUCAUUACUGAAUGAAGAUUUAAAUCAGCAAAUCAAAAGACAUUGCAAUGAAGUUGAUACUCAUUUCCCUCUGGAUUUUGCCAAAUAUUUGAAAACAUCCCUACAGUAGUAGAAGAAUGAAGAAGUGGACUUUCUUGUAUAUUUGUGUGUUUGUACAGAAGAUAUACUGUUCAUGUGGGACUUUUUAUUCCAAGAGAAAAUUUUUAAGAAAUAAUGGAGGAGGAAGAAUUACCCUUUGGGUAUAGGAGGUUUCCAUCCCAAUUCAGAAAAAUAUUAUUUUGUUUAGAAAGAAGAAACUUCUCCCUACCUCUGUUUAUGCAUUUCUUCUCUAUUCUGAUUUUUUUAAAUUAAAAAUUCAGUAUACAUAUCAAGUGAUAGCUUUUUCCAAAGGUUCUUUGGAACAGAACUUACUAAAAUUAUUAAAAUGAAGGCACAGUAUAAAAAGAACAUGCCUUUUACUAUUUUGUUACUCUUUAUAAUUGAAUUAAAUAUUUAUUUUUAAUGUAACACAUAGGCUGAAGUGAGAAAAAUUCUCUAUUUGAGGGAGUAUAUUUGGGGGGUGUGUGUGCGUGUGUGAUAGCUAGACUGGUUUGAACCACACCUGGUGGUGUUUAGGGGCUAGUGCUUGGGGGGCCAUCUACAGUGUCAUGGAUUGAACUGGAAUCAGCAAGGCAAGCAAGUGCCCUACCCUCUCCAAAGUCUCACUGAACCCCUGAGUUUAUUCUUACAAAGACUCUGAGAAGAGAAGAAGCUUUAAAUUUGUUACAAGGUUCAUGGAAUGUUUCAUUGGUUCUUAAUGGGUCAUACACUUCAAUAAGUAACCUAAUUGGGCCUUUUAAAGAAAAUGAAUAGCAUUUACUGCAUUAGCUAAAUUAUAUAAGGUUGGCAUCUAGAUUAAAAAUAAAGAAUAACUUUUCAUUCUAUUUUAAGAAGAAAUAGUAGCAAUAGAGGGUUUUCUUUCCUAGGGGGAAAAAUCCAUGAAAUGCGUACUAUUAUGAAUGUAUUUAUAAAGCAGUGUUUUUAUGUUAUUGUCAAAAUCAAAGACAUGCAUUCCAGACCUUGACCUUAACCUUUAAAAAGUGUUUCUAAUAUGAUUUUUUUAAAAGCUUUUUUAUUAAGUACUGAGACAGGUAUGAUUCAGCUAAAAAAUAUGAUUCAGCAUUUGCUCGGGGGCUGGAGAGAUUGCCACAUCAGUUCAGGUGCUUGCCUUGUACAUAGCUGACCUUUGGUUCCAUUCCGAUCAUGGACUGCAUAUGGUCCUCUGAGCACCUCUAGGAGUAUUUCCUGAGCAUAGAGCCUGGAGUAACCCCUGAGCAUCGCCAGGUUGAGCCCCUAUAAAUGUAUUUACUGCACCCAUAGAUACAACAUGAAGUCCAGGAAUGUUGUUAAUGGGUAUAUGGAGGAUCAAAGAUUUUGUUCCAGUCAGCUUGAACAAUGCAUGUCACAGAGUCAUUUUUUAAAUUUGUAAAUACAAUUACACUUUGACAGCAGAAACCAUUAAAAAAGCUUGAAAAUAGGAAUUCAACUAUUUCAGCCUUGCAUUGUGCAUUUUACUAUUACAUAUAUAAUUAUAAUGAAAAUA